AUGGCGAUUCUCAAAAAUCUUCUCUAUGCGCUUGUGUCUGCAUCUGUGUGCAAUGCUGUAAUGUUCAAGCCACAGAACGAGUUCCCGUCCCUGACAGGCACAAAUCCACCCAUUCCGGUGGACUUGCAAGCGCUAUUCAAUAAUCAUGCUUUUGAGUUAGACCCGAUUGAGUCUGGUUUUAGUGGAUCCGAGAGUGAGUAA